CCACUAGAGGGUAGCAUUGAGCUCUCAGAUUUUAAGACAUCCUGUCGGUGAAGAAGAAAAACACACGUGUGGUUAGAGUAGUUUUUAAAACCUGUUAAAAUCCUAAACAGUUUGAGCUAUUUGGCUGCAUUUUAAGGAGAAUAAUGCCAAAGAUUAAGGCAGAGAAGAAAAGCAGACAACACCAAGAUGUUAAAAGCCAAGGGAUCAUGUUCAACACUGGCAUUGGUCAGCACAUCUUGAAGAAUCCAUUGAUCGUCAACGGUAUAAUCGAGAAGGCUGCCCUCAGGCCGACAGAUGUGGUUCUGGAAGUUGGACCCGGUACUGGAAACAUGACUGUAAAACUGCUGGAAAAGGCAAAGAAGGUGGUGGCCUGUGAGUUGGACUGCAGAUUGGUUGCUGAGCUUCAGAAACGAGUGCAGUGCACGCCUUUGCAGAACAAGCUUCAGAUAUUAGUCGGCGACGUCCUAAAAACAGAUCUCCCUUUCUUUGAUGUCUGUGUGGCUAACUUGCCUUACCAGAUUUCCUCACCGUUUGUCUUCAAGCUCCUUCUUCACCGACCGUUCUUCAGGUGCGCUGUGCUGAUGUUCCAGAGAGAGUUUGCCAUGCGGCUGGUAGCCCAACCUGGAGACAAGCUGUACUGCAGGCUGUCUAUCAACACACAGCUGCUGGCCCGCGUGGAUCACCUCAUGAAGGUAGGGAAAAACAACUUCCGUCCUCCGCCUAAAGUGGAGUCGAGCGUCGUCAGGAUAGAGCCCAAAAAUCCUCCUCCUCCUAUUAACUUUCAGGAGUGGGACGGUCUGGUGAGAAUCGCCUUCGUACGGAAGAACAAAACCCUCAGUGCGGCUUUUAAGUCUACUGCAGUGGAGCAGAUGCUUGAGAAGAACUACAGAAUACACUGCUCUCUGCAUAACAUAGAAGUUCCAGCUGACUUCAGCAUCAGCAAGAAGAUCGACAGCGUUCUGCAGGAGGCUAACUUCAACGAGAAGAGGGCCAGGUCCAUGGAUAUCGAUGACUUCAUGGUGCUGCUGCAUGCAUUCAACGCUGCAGGAAUCCACUUCUCAUGAAGAGCAGAACCGUAAAUGAAUAAAACUAAUGGACUCAUCUAACAUCUUCUACAGAUGGUCUACCAAGACAUGGAUUUCCAUAAAUGGUGAAUGUUUGAAUGGAAACUUGCUGCGGCUCAUAUUGAGCACGGUUUUAAGCUGGAUGUAUAACGAAGGCAUAGAGAACCCUUUGGUCAGAGGAGAUGAGUAAUUUAUGGAAAACAUACACCAGCUUUCUCAUGUUCCUCAGUUUGAAGUCUAUUGAAAUAAAUUCUGCAUCAACAACGUUUUAAUAAAACCGGUCUUUUUUUUGCUGCGUUAUUAUAGAGAAAUGAAUCAAACAUGUAUAAGUGGUUCCUGCGCAGCAUUAAAAAGUAUGGAGUUGGAUUUAA